CUUCGUUGGAACGACCGUUGUAGUGCGAAGUCAAGAGGUUUCCACCGCCGCUAUUCCUAGCUUCCGCAAGUAAGAGGACCAGGUGCUGCAACACACUGAUAAUUAUCCAAUCGUAGCCGAUGCCAUCGAUGAAGUUUUCGAGGUCUCUCGGCGAUCAAGUAUGUUGUGAUGCACGACGUUACCUUGUUCUUCCCUAAGAUUUGGGAGCCGAGGUACUUAAGUACUUAAUGGUCACUCUGGCACUGAAAUCCAUUGGCAGUUGCCGAAAUCGCGAACACGUGGACGUAUGUGUACGUUCUACCUUCGGCAUCACAGCGACGCUCAUUUUUAGUGAUACACGCACUGAGAGGUAGUGCCUAUAUGUAGUGUGUACGCCAUUGCCAGUCGUUUACCGAAUUCGUCACACCCAUCCUCUAACGGUAUGACCCUAGUCUCAAAUGAUUUCAGCUGGUGGUCAUUCGUUAACGCGAGUUGCAUUGCUAGCUAUUUCGUAGGUUCGUGGAGAGCUAGCCGGAUAAUGACAAUAGUGUUCCGAUCUAACCUUGGCUGCGGUCUCGUAGUUGCUGCCUCUGCUGGGGUGGUGUAUGAUUGGGCGCUGUCAUUCGGACAAGAGGUGGAACUGGUCUGGAACAACGCUGGUCACUUAUAACCAUUCACUAUCUCAGC